UAUUCUUCGCUAAGCAUACAUCGAUUCAAGACCUAUUCCAUAGCUACUUCCACAAUAAUCUCUUAAGAUCUGCAAUAGGCAGGGUUAUCCAUUGGCUCCGUCGAAUUAUAGCCAUCCUUGCGUUAAUUGCUUUAACGAGAAAAUAAAGCUUUAGUAUUUUUACAAUAUGAAAUUGAGUCCAGAGCGCAGUUCGUAUAGACUUUUUGAAAUUGUCGUUUUUAUUUCGAUAAAUAUUUUAGUUUUUUUUUGGCCCACUACGACACAACAUUUUUUGAUCUGUAAAAUGAGUAGCCGUUGGGCACGUUGGCAGCAGUGGGUGGAUGUUAAUGCGAGACCCAAGAAUAUGCAUGUAGCUCCAUCCAUUCGGCAACCACCAACCCGCUGGCAAAAGCCUGGUCCAAUGGACCGACAACAAUGGAUUAAUUUUCAUCGAUGGGCCGAAAGAAAUGCGCGUCCAGCACCACCUCAAAAGGCGCCAAAGCCCAAACCGAUGCCGACACAGAGACAAUUAACACAGGAGCAUCUUCAACCGCAUUCGCCUCUUCUUUAUAUGUAUAUCGCAUCCAAAAUGCACGCCAAUAGGCAUAGGCAAGAGGAGUCGCACGACUUCAUUGCAAAUCUCAGUCAGCCGAAAGUCAGGCGCAAAAAGCAUGUGAAUCCACCGAAAAGGGAAUAUCCUUAUCGACCGCAGCUCUGCAAUCGCGCACCACCCAGACCCGAGCCAGGCCGACCGGUUGAGAAGCCCAAAGUGCCAUGCUGCUUCCAGCACGAGAUUCUAAAAAUUAAUUUCUGGUCGAAUAUUGAUUUCAAAAUAUCGACAAAUGCCCUAAAGGCCAAGGCGUCAAAGAAAAUUGUCGAGCUGGCCAAGCCGCGUACGUAUCCACGCAAAUUACAUUGCCCGCUGCCGGAGAAGCCCAUAGACCGUAUACUUAAGCGCAAGAUGUCCGCGAAACAAUGGCGCGACCAUCAGAUGCGCCUCAAAGCACUAUCCCAGCCAAAUGCCCGCAUCCUAGACGAGCUGUCCAGCAGAUAUAACUACUAUAAGCAAUUCGGAAUUCUCUCUUAAUUAUAUGGCUGUGAAAUGCGUUGAGCAUGGACAAGCGAUUUGGUUGCGCAAUGAACUGCAUCUUGUAACGUUCAAUGCCCUAUCAAAUCGCUUUUCCAUUGAGCACUGCAUAUUGACAGCCGUUGCUUAAAAUUAAAUGUUGAAACUUACAAUGAUAUUCGAGGCAAAACAACUUUUCCAUUCA